GGAACACAGUGAGUAACCUGAUUUUCAUUCUACCUCCAAUCUACGGUGCGAUUCAGACCUAUAAAGAUGGCCUUGAAAAACGGUAUUUAGCUGCAUAUUUGUGUCUUACAGCUGUGGGAUUGGGAUCUUGGUGCUUCCACAUGACCCUGAAGUAUGAAAUGCAGCUGUUGGAUGAACUGCCAAUGAUAUACAGUUGUUGUGUGUUUGUCUACUGCCUGUAUGAAUGUUUCAAGUACAAGAACACAGUCAAUUAUCCACUGCUUUUCGUGUUAAUAACAUACAGCUUCGUAGUCAGCAUAGUUUACUUAAAUUUGAAAGAGCCUGUAUUCCAUCAGGUCAUGUAUGGAACACUAGUUUCCAUUAUAGUUCUACGGUCUGUUUAUAUAGUAUUAUGGGUAUACCCAUGGCUUAGAGGUCUAGGCUAUACAUCUUUAACUGUAUUUUUAAUGGGAUUUUUUCUCUGGAAUGUGGACAACAUUUUCUGCGAUAGAUUGAGAUCACUACGGGCGAAGAUGCCUCCUGUGGUGGGAGCUGUGACACAGUUUCAUGCAUGGUGGCAUAUUCUCACAGGCCUGGGCUCGUACCUUCAUAUCCUGCUAAGUUUAUACACAAGGACACUUUUCCUGAAACACAGGCCAAAGGUGAAGUUUAUUUUUGGAAUAUGGCCUGUUCUCCUUGUGGAGCCACCCAAGAAGCUUUGACUGGCACCUAGGCAGUCACAUGGCAAUCACCUAGCCUGGCUGAAUAAAGCGAUUCAACGGUGACUAUGGCUGAAGUGUCAAAAGUUAUGGGUCAAUUCAAGUACCGUUGCUAUGAAAGGACUUCUCUGUGUGACUAGGCCGGCCGGAACAGAGCAGAGAGUUGACACACUAAGGGAAAUAACGUUUAGUACAGCUUUAUUCUGAGUUGUUAAAGAAUAAGACACAAUAUUUUUAUGUAUAUACUGUAUAGCUGUUGAUACUAAUAUUUCGUGCUGGUCACAGAAAACUAACCGUUUUUGAAGUGGAUUGCCUAUGUUUUUCAUUCAGUUGUUCUUUCUGUGGUUUAAACUAAUGUUAGUAACUGAAUGACAAAACCAGGCCAUCGAUGGCCAAGCUAAGCGUCUGUGUGGCCUAUAGUGAACUGAAUGCUUAACCUGAACUACUUUAAUCUUGCACUUUUAUACAAUUAACAAAGUACGUAACGAUUGAUUUCGGGCUUUAUUCUAUCUUGCUUUUCCACAGCCUCCUUUGCAAUUUUUAUUUGAAGCAAAACGCUUGGGAUACCUGUGCCAUUUAGUUCGUUUUGUACCAAG